CAGAGCACAAACGCAAAAAAAAAGCAAAUAUGUCUCCCGUAGACAUGAAUGGAUACUGGAAAAUGACAAGUAAUGAAAACUUUGAUGAAUACAUGGAAGCACUAGAUGUGAAUGUUGUCAUCAGAAAAAUUGCCAGCUAUCUCAUCUUUGAUAAGGAGAUUGUUCAGAAUGGUGAUCAUUUUAAUAUCAAGACUCUCACCACCUUUAGGAACUACCAUAUGGAGUUUGAUGUUGGAAAGGAGUUUGAGGAGGAUUUGGUUGGUGUAGAUGAUAGGAAAUGUAUGACCACAGUAAACUGGGAGGGAGAUAAACUGGUGUGUGUACAGAAAGGAGAAAAGGAGGGAAGGGGCUGGACUCAGUGGGUGAAAGGGGAUGAGUUACACUUGGAAAUGCGAGUCUGUGGAGUGGUGUGUAAACAGGUUUUUAAGAAACAAGUUCUCGACUGAUGUGCCUUGAACAACAAGUACUCUACUGUGAAAAAAAGUGAACAUUUCUGCCUAUUAAUAACAGUAAU